AUAAGAUCAGCUCGAUGACUCGGGUGGAGGGCCUCAAUUUUGUGCGACCCUGCUGCCCAUGAUGCUAACCUGCAUUAUCGGUUCUCACCAACGCGUGGGCAGGAUACUUACGCCAAGACCAUAGACAGCCCUCACGAUUUCUCGCAACACCUGGUUUUCGAUGCUUUCAUGUCGGCAUCAUUGGCCCUGCGCAGCUUUAAAAUCCGACACGCACAUAUCCUAAAACGGCUCUUGCUGACCCUGCCACAAUGGACACUAUCAACUCGCAGCAUCCAUCACCGCCUGUCAUAAAAUCUUGCAAGGUUUGCACUGCUCUCGAGAAGCUUUUCGCCGGUGGUGAUGUCCAGAUUCAGCUGGAAAGAAAUGAAAUCUACGAUGAAUCUUGCACACAACACGGCUCAUUGUUUUAUUGGAUCGAGAGAUAUUACUGCGAGUAUCUUGAUCGUUUACAAAAGGCCCGCAGCUACCAUAUCGUGGCUGAUACGAAUUAA